GAGAACAGACUGCAGGGAAAUCUGACACACUGGACACUGUAGGACUUAACUAACUCCAGUAGAUGGCAGUAGUGCACCAUGUAUGAUGCAAGCUCCCGUCAAAACCCAACGAAUAAGAAGAAGAAGAAGGAAAAACACGGGGGGGGGGCAGUAAUGCACAACUUCAAGCUUAACCAAUCACCAAUACACUCUGACGAAGACAAAGACAAAGACGAGAGCCGAACUUAACUGACCUGAACCUAUCAUCUAUUCUCAGUUUUGCACUAGAGUCUGUGCUUGUCAAUUCAGUGCUGUUGUUUGUACUUCAGCAUGGCGGUCGUCAUCCGUUUACAGGGACUAAGAGUCACAGCAGGCUCUGAGGAUAUUCGCAAGUUCUUCAGUGGCCUCAAAAUUCCAGAUGGAGGGGUGCAUAUAAUUGGUGGGGAGCUUGAGGAAGCUUUCAUAAUCUUUGCGUCCGAUGAAGAUGCAAGAAGAGCAAUGACACAGUCAGGAGGUUACAUUAAGGGUUCACCUGUUCAAUUGCUACUUAGUAGUAAAACAGAGAUGCAGAACAUGCUCGAAAGAAGUGCAACAAAUGUAGAGCUAGAUGAAAAGAGACGACUUUUGGAGAAUACAAGACGUGCUAGAAGAUGUGCGGAUCCUGAGGCGGUCAGGAGAUCAGCUAGCAGAUCAGCUUAUUCCCCUCCCCAUCACCAGAGGGCUUCAAACGCUGAUGACUUUGUGCAUGUGUUUCUAAAUGGAAUGCCGUUCUCCGUGACUGAAGAGGAAGUCUGUGACUUUUUCUUUGGUCUACUUAUUGAUGACAUUGUCUUGUUGAAAAAUGCACAGGGUGCCAACAAUGGGAAAGGUCUUGUCAAAUUUGCAACAAGAGAGGAUGCACAAGAAGCCCUGAAGAGGGAUAGGAAAUACAUUGGGUCAAGGUAUGUGGAGGUUUCCACAACUACCGUAGAAUUUUGGCGUCGGGCUACCGGUAAAGAGUCAAUGGCUGUCAACAACUUUGAAAGGGAUCGAUCCCCUGUUCGCCAUCAGAGGAACUCGCAUCAUGUCAGGGCACAAUCACCUUUGAGGUCAGUUUCUUCCGACGAUGAGUACUGCGUUUUGAUGGAAAAUCUUUCCUUUGCAGUGGAAAAAGACGACAUAAAAAAGCUUUUUCGUAAUGCAAAGCUUGAGGAUGACCAGAUCCUGCACUUAAUUGGCAGUGAUGGGAGAAGAACAAGAUCUACAUUUGUGCUGUUUAAGAGUCUGCGUGACUAUUGUGAUGCCUUGACUCCUGAAAAAAGGCAGUUUUUCAACAGAUGGAUUUCUACCCGGCCAAUCUCAAGAGAGAAAAUGAUCAGCCUUCUGGAAUCUCAGAGCAUGGACGUCGGACCUUCUGGGAACUCAGAAAUGUGUCAGGAGAGGCCUGCAUCUUGCCCCAGUGAUCCAUAUGACUCAGAAAAAAUGUGUGUGUUUGUGCGGAACCUUCCAUUUGAUGUGCGGAAAGUUGAGAUCAUGGACUUCUUCCUUGGGUUUGAUAUCACGGAGGACAAGGUGUUUGUGCUGCGUGACCAUAACGGUGAUGGAGUUGGAAAGGCGUUGGUUCUCUUCCGGUCUGAGGCAGAGGCAAUGAGUGCACUGUCUCUCAAUGGACAAAGGUUUCUUGGGUCAGAGGUCACACUGAAAUGCAUUUCACGUUCUCACAUGCGGCAGUUGGGUGUUGAGCCACCAGUGGUUAAAGAGCCAAUUGUGCAAGAGCCGAUGCCAAGAGAGGAGCGGUACUCGGGCAGGAGAAGCGAGGCAUCCUAUCGCCUUGGUGACACAGAGUACCCUGACUUUAGGAUUUCUGAUGAUGGUAAUAUACCAAUGACCAAUGCGCUGGCUCACAUCCAUGGAGGCAGAGAUUAUGAGCCCCGUGCAGGAGGCCCUCAUACUCCACAAGACGGAGGUAAUGGCUAUCGGGGAGGCUUUGGUCCCUCAGUGCAACAAUUUGACGGUCCCACUUGCGUAAAGCUGCUUAACUUGCCAUUCCAAAUCAAAAGUGAAGAAAUCUAUGACUUUUGCUAUGGAUUUCGCAUUAUUCCUGGAUCUGUCUCACUGCAGUAUGACCAGAGAGGAAAAUCUAAAGGUUCUGCAACUGCAGUAUUUGAGUCCCGUCAGGAGGCGUUAACAGCAGUUGAGGAACUGAGUGGAAGACCAAUAGGUCCAAGAAAAAUACAGCUAUUUCUUGAGUAAAAGUGACAAUGCCUUUCAUGGCAACUAACCAGCCCUAGCUGUGUAGGUUGGAUAUAUAGCAUGUGGAUUGAAACAAAGUUGAUUUAAGGGAUAAAAUGGCCUUUUCUUUGUUUUGUUUUUAUGAUUACACAAUUGGGACUACAGGGAAUGUAUUUAAGCUAUUUUUUUAAAUUGCAUUUUCUUUUAUUAGCCAAUAUAGUUUGACUAAAUAUGGUGUUUGUAUGCAUUUUCAUCUUAAGGUGAAAUACUAGAUAUUUGGUUGACUUAAUUUACAAUAUAGUGGUAUAAUGUAUCAACAUACUACAUGUUAUGAAAGUUUUUUUUUAUAAAAAUGCAAACGUUUUUGCAGUUUUUCUUUACACACCUGUCACUUGCAGUGUAAACACAUUUUGCUCGCCACAUUAAUCUUACUUGUAUAAAGUGCAGGUUAAUCACUAAUUAAAAGCAAUCAGUGAUAACUUGUGAUAUUAGUUUGAAAGGGAUACCCUAAAGUGGUUCUGUGUUUAUGAUAGUGUUAAGUGGGAUAUAUAGUAGUGCCUUUUGUAAAACAAGCUAAAAGCACUACUGAGAAUCUGUAAUGUGUAUUUCAAAUUAAAAAAAAAAUUAAACUUUAUAAAUUUUAAACGUAAAUUUCCUUUUUCUUCUACAGUACUGGUGUGGAUGUCUUAAUAGUAUAAUCUCAUAGGUCG